UCCGUUCCAUCAUCUCAGUCAUAUCUGCGGUAAACACCGCGAGAACAUCCAACGACCUUUAGUCCUCAGCUCAGGUGAGCGCUAAUUGAUGUGAACGACAGUUUUGUGAAGCACCACUUUGCAAAUGUAGGCCUGGAAACAUGCCGAUGAACAACAACCAGAAGGGGCAGAGUGCAGCUGCCAGACUGGUCAAGCUGCCUCUGGUUCACUCAGCCUGCACCACGCUGUCAGUCUUCUACACUGCCACUAAAUGCAGCCACCCCAGCCUGAGGUCUGUGUGUGAGAUGAUGGAGAGCAGCAUGACAGCUGUAGUUUCACCUGUCAUUGUUAAACUGGAGCCUCAGAUUUUUGUUGCAAACCAUGUUGCAUGUAGAAGUCUUGACUGGCUGGAGACUUCUUUCCCGGUGGUUCACACACCCACAGAGCAGAUUGUUGCUACUGCCAAGAACAAGAUGCAUCAGAUCCAGGAUGUGGUGAGCACUGCAGCUAAAGGAUCUAGGGACUGUGUGGAGGACACAGUCGCAUGGCUGACGGGCGGGAUACAGCCGGUUGGUAACCACGCUGAUGGGUCUGUUGUGGAGAGAGCCAUGAGAGUGGCCAGUGUGGGACUGGAUUCUGCUCUGAUCAUGUCUGAGGCUCUGAUGGACCGAGUGCUUCCUCCCACCGAAGAAGACAGAGAGAAAGAAGCUCACUUAGUGGAGGGUUUUGAGGCGGCAGCACUCAGGACAAGUUACCCAGCACGACUGGUUUCACUAGCCGCCAAGCUGUGUAGGAGGACCUACCAGGUGGUCGGGUCCAGGGUGCAGUGUGUUCAGGUCAUGGAGAAUUUGUCCAGGUCUUCAGGUCUCAUUCAGGACUUUCAGACCAGAUGGCAGACUCUGCCUCACUACCUGCAGCAUCAAAUCAUCUCUGCGCUCUUCUUCAUCUCCAAGAUGUACAACUUGGGGAGCCCACCUCCUCAACGCCACCCGUCUCAUCAGGAUAGAAGUUGUCUCAACGCUGCAGAUACUUCUAGACCUCACAACAGUGUGGUCCAGGUUAACCCACAAGCUACGCCUAUCUGCCGAAAGAGGCGGUCAACCAAAACACCUGUGUUCGAUAACGGGUGUAAGGUUAAAGGAUGUGUUCGUUGAUUUAUACGACUCUAAUUAUUUGAUGUUUGUGUGUUGAACUUAUGUCCCAAAGAAACUGAAUAUUAAAAUAUGUUGAACAUUCAAA